GUGAUCGACGCAUUCCCGAAGGACUGGCGUCAUGUGUUGAAGUGUUAUGGAUAUGAUCACCUUGUUUCUUUCGAUCUUCACGAGCAGACUCAGUUGUUUUUAUCUGGUAAAGAAGUUUUAUUUAGUAAUGCUGACUCAAAAGGCAUCUAUAAAGAAAUUAGAGACGGAGAAAUUGUCCAACCAACUGCGCAAAAGAAAUAUGUUGAAUUUUUUGAAAAUGAUGAUUUAAGCUGGAAAGAAAUUUACAGCUUACCCUACCAGGUUGCCCUUGACACUAAGUCACGUGAAUUUCAAUAUAAAUUGUUACACAGAUAUCUGGCUACCAAUGAUUUUUUAAACAAAAUUGGUAUUUCUUCAUCACCACGAUGUUCUCUGUGCGAUGGGGCGGAUGAAUCCCAUGAACACCUUUUUGUCUCUUGCCAGAUUACUCAGAGUUUUUGGGCAGAAGUUAUUAAAUGGUGUAGCAAUCGGGGGGUGGUUAUUAACCACAUCUCAGCUAAAGAUAUAUUAUUUGGGAAAAAGGUACAUAAAGACAAUUACAUUACCAAAAAAGAAUUUAAUGCCAGCACAAAUGCUCUUGGUUUUUGGCCAUCUCAGUUUUAAAAGGAAUAAUUAACAAUUAUUCCACGAGGGCACGUUGGAUAUGAGAUGAUAGAUAGCCAAAGAGGCGCAUAGCGCCGAGUUGGCUAUAAUCAUUUCAUAUCCAACAAGCCCGACGACGACCUGCAUGGCAGAUUUCAAAUGGCUCUUCGUCUUUGCCCACUGCAGCUUCUAACGAUGUCAUUUACCAUAUCAUGGGAAUGCCUUUAGCAGAGUUCGACCACGGUCAACCGGGCUCAUGUGAAGAGGCCCUUAUUAUCACAUUCAUGGGACCUGGGUCCCAAAGGAAGUUUCCAAGUUUCGCUGAAGCUUUGCUCAUAAAG